CCUGAGGAUGCUCGCUCUGAGCACCGCUUCUUCUCCCCCAUCGGCUCGAGGAAAACCAGACUGGACUGUGGAAAGAACUUGAUGCGCUGUGUCUUCACCACAUACAUCAGGGACUAUAUGAAACGAAAUGGACUGCUGACUCUAUCCGUGCUCGGUGUGUUUACAGGAUGCAUCCUUGGCUACACGCUCAGGGGAUGUGAACUCUCCUCACAGGCAAAGAUUUACCUCUCGUUCCCUGGUGAACUGCUGAUGCGUAUGCUAAAAAUGCUCAUUCUGCCCCUGAUCACCUCAAGUUUAAUGUCAGGCCUGUCAUCGAUGGAAUCCAAGGCGUGUUGUCAUAUGGGCUUACUCACUGUGACCUAUUACCUGUGGACCACUUUCAUUGCCGUGGUGGUUGGCAUUGUACUGGUGGUGAUCAUCAAACCGGGCUUUGCGACAGACAUGGAGAGCAACAGGCUGGGAGGAGGUCCGGUGAUGACCUCAGCAGACGCUCUGCUCGACCUCGUCAGAAACAUGAUUCCUUCAAAUCUCAUAGAGGCCACAUUUCAGCAGUACAAGACAGAACUUAUUCCUCUUCUUAAAACACAAGACAGCAUCGAGCAGCACAACUUGGUUUACUUGAUGCCACACGACGAUCAUCCGGAUGGUCACCAUGUGUUACUUGACCUGACACCACCUCCUGAUAUUCACUACAAGGUGUAUCCUGGAAGCAGCCACCAAAUGAACGUGCUGGGGAUCGUCAUCUUCUCAGCCACUAUGGGACUCCUGCUUGGCAAAAUGGGUGAGCGUGGUGCACCUUUAGUCAACGUCUGCCAGUGUAUCAAUGAGUGUGUCAUGAAGAUCAUCAAUGCAGCGGUGUGGUAUUUUCCCUUCGGCAUCAUCUUUCUGGUGGCUGCGAAGAUCCUGGACAUGAGUGAGCCCUCCACUCUGGGGAGGAAGCUGGGUUGGUAUGCAGUGACCGUUCUGACUGGAUUGUUUAUCCAUGGCUUCAUUCUUCUUCCGCUAUUUUAUUUCCUCUUAACACGCAAAAACCCCUUCAUUUACAUCAGAGGAUUGCUGCAAGCUAUGGUCAUUGCCUUAGCUACAUCCUCAAGUUCUGCCACGCUGCCCAUUACUAUGAAGUGCUUACUGGAGAACUGUCACGUAGAAAGACAGAUUGCACGCUUUGUCUUGCCCGUGGGAGCCACCAUCAACAUGGACGGCACUGCUCUCUACGAAGCGGUGGCAGCCAUCUUCAUCGCUCAGGUCAACGAGUAUGAGCUGGAUUUUGGACAGAUGGUGACAAUAAGCAUAACAGCCACGGCUGCAAGCAUCGGUGCUGCAGGGAUCCCUCAGGCUGGCCUUGUAACCAUGGUGAUAGUGCUGACAUCUGUAGGAUUGCCACCGGAUGACGUCACGCUGAUUGUAGCCAUCGACUGGAUUCUGGACCGUUUUCGGACAAUGAUUAACGUACUAGGAGACUCCCUGGCAGCUGGAAUCAUCGGCCACUUGUGUCGGAAAAAAUUUGCCCCUGAUAAACGGGGGUCAGCCAGUGGAUCACGCCAGAAUAGGAAUCACAGCCAAAACAUGGACGAUGUUCAUUUGGCUGACGUGCCGCUGCUUGCAGGAAAAGACUGCAUGUACGAGGUGGUUGGAGACACGGUUAUUGAGCGACCCACUAUCUACUAUAACAUCUGUCAAGUUUAACCUCGCAAGUGCCUUACAGCCAUAACAUUUUAGAGACAAGUCACUACCUUUGUGACUCUGCUGGUAGUUAACAGAACAAAUGUUCAAGAAU